AUGCUCCUCCUCGACUACCAGAACCUGCUCAUAGAGAGCCAGCUGCGAGAACGCUUAAAGCCCGACGCAACCCCCACAACCCUCGACCAAAUUGUCUCCGACUUCGACAACACCACCUUCCAUCUCUCCACCCCCGAAUCAAAAUCCCGCCUCUUAAUCUCCCUCUCCAUAAAAUGCUUCCCCCAACUCCUGCAAUACGGCGCCCAAUCCGUGCUCGAACGCGAAUACGGCCCCUACAUUGUCACUCCACCCGAAUCCGGCUACGAUUUCAGCGUACAACUCGACCUGGAAAACUUACCCUCAAGUCCCGAAGAACGAGACGACUUGGUCCGACGGAUAAGUCUGCUCAAGCGCAACGCAAUGGCUGCGCCUUUUGAGCAGGCGUUUGAUGAGUUUGCGAGUCUGAGCGAGCAGGCGAAGGGAUAUACUUCUGAAUCUGCCCCUCAGGGUGUUAGGGAGGGAGGGGAGGUGCGGGCGAUUCAGUAUAGAGAAGAAGAGGCGAUUUAUAUCAAGGCUAGUCAUGAUCGAGUGACGGUCAUAUUCUCGACCAUUUUCCGCGAGGAGACGGAUCGGGUGUUCGCCAAGGUGUUUUUGCAGGAAUUCGUCGAUGCGCGGAAACGCGGCGUACAGAAUGCUCCGCAAGUCCUCUCUCGCGACGAGCCGCCGUUGGAAUUACAGGGCAUGCCUGGGCUGAAGGGGGCGAAGGGGGAGGUCACAUACGUUACGUUCGUCCUCUUCCCCCGCCACCUAACCCCCCAACGCCGCGACGAAGUCAUCUCCCACAUCCAGACCUUUCGCGAUUACUUCCACUACCACAUCAAGGCUUCCAAGGCGUAUAUUCAUUCGCGCAUGCGGAGACGGACGGCGGAUUUCUUGCAAGUACUGAGACGAGCGAGGCCGGAGACGGAGGAGGCGGGGGCGAGGGAGAGGAAGACGGCUAGUGGUCGGGCGUUUAGGGUGCAGGCGUAG